AUGUUAGCGGCUAUUUUCUCAAGCCAGUAUUUGUUUUGCAGUGGUCUUUGUCGUGGUGACUUGGAUCAUGUGGAUAUGACCGAACGUUUCAACGCCUUCUUGGAGGCUCGGAAAUGCGAGAUGGAUACGAAUUUGCCCAACUUCGAAUCGCUUCUUCCAAUAGCGGAUGUACUGGAGCUGGAGCGAUAUCCGAAACCAUCAAGCAAACUCAAAUUGUUCGCUUUCAACGAUAACAAUAAGAUCACAGUAACUGCUUACAAGCAGAUUUUUGAUUCGGUCUACUCGAGACGACUGGCUGUUGGUGGUGUUCAAUGGACCACCGAAUUCAUCGAUCGUUUCUUCUAUAAUAUCACUGCCCACCGUCCCGAAUGGGCUGUAUGCUAUCAGUUGAAAAAGAGCUGUCACUUAGUGCUGUCGGAUGGCUUCAUUGUGGCUGGCAAGUACUCGCAACAACACCUAUCAUCUGCAGAUGCAUUACUUUUCGAUUAUAUGAUCAAAAAACGAAUGAUUAAAAAGACCUAUCGCCGUGACAAUCAAGCCCAAUGCAGUGCCCAACGAUUCCUCUAUUCAAUAAAUAAAGCCGCUCCAAAACCGCACUCUUUCACCACACUCUUAUUUCGUCUCACAAAACUUCUCACUAGCACGUUCUGGUUGGAUAUCUGGUUAUUGGUGACGGCAACGAUCCGAGGUGCUCUCACACAACCAAUAAUGGUCGGUGGAACGUGUCAAUUCUCGAGGAUCAAACAUCGAGAGAUAUGCUCUUUGGAGUAUCCAAUCUACGAGAUAACGCUCACCGAAAAGCACAAUUUCAUGCUCAACGAUGGUGUUUGUUCAAGGGAAAUUCAAAUAAUGCCAUUCCCAGAUGCAUCACUUCAUCUGUUUCUCACCGAUAAUGCGUGUGCAAAUUUAACAAAAAAGAGUGCACAUAGUUUCACACCAAGACGCAUAUCGGAAUGUGAACGUAUGACACCAAUGUAUCGUCGACGCCGUCAGGAUCUUGACUAUACAAGAAUUCAUCCUCAGGUUUGUUUUAAAAAAUAA